AGAUACACACACAGAGACGCACACAGACACACACACAGAUACACACACAGACAGACAGACACACAGACAGACACACACACAGAUACACACACACAGAUACACACAGACACACACACACAGAUACACACAGAUACACACACACACAGAUACACACACACAGAUACACACACACAGAUACACACACACAGAUACACACACAGAGAGUCGCACACAUACACACACACAGAUACACACACAGACAGACACACACACAGACAGACACACACACAGAUACACACACACAGAUACACACAGACACACACACACAGAUACACACAGAUACACACACACACAGAUACACACACACAGAUACACACACACAGAUACACACACACAGAUACACACACAGACAGACAGACACACAGACAGACACACACACGUGUGGGUCGAGUGUAAACCAAUCACAGGGAUGAUUAGGUGCGCACAGGAUACACGGAUAAAGUUGUUAAGUUAAAAACUCAUGUUUAUAACGUCGUUAUUUCGUCAACUUUGCUGCAAACAAGACGAACUCACGCGCGGCCGCGUCUUGAGGACGACCAUAGUUGUUAAAUGUGUUAGAUGUAAUAAUGUUUUAUUUGCUUAAUCCUACAUUUUAAUUGUAACGCUUCAAGUGGCGGGGCAGUUGGUUGGUUGGUGAGGGAAGGGCCUCAUCCCCUACCAAGAUGGCGUCCACAAGCAAUUUAAUAUCGCGCCUCAUCCCCUACCAAGAUGGCGUCUACAAGCAAUUUAAUAUCGCGCCUCAUCCCCUACCAAGAUGGCGUCUACAAGCAAGUUAAUAUCGCGCCUCAUCCCCUACCAAUAUGGCGUCUACAAGCAAGUUAAUGUCGCGCCUCAUCCCUUACCAAGAUGGCCUCCACAAGCUGGUUAAUGUCGCGCCUCAUCCCCUACCAAGAUGGCCUCUCCGAGCUAAUAAACUUCGCGACUCACCAGGAUGGCCUCUGCAAGCCAAGUGAAGGAAGCCGCCAGGCUGACCAUCUGCACCCCCGCCCCAUGGAGGCUGUCACCACCAUCACCACCAUCACCACCACCAUCACCACCAUCACCACCACCAUCACCACCACUCGUGUCGUGCCCUUGCUGCUGCUGCUGCUGCUACAGGGCGACCUUCAGGGCCCCUUGGCGCUGCCGCUGGACCGAGCGCCCCGGCUGUUGCAGACGACAGCUGCAAUGAAGCGGAUCGACGUUCAAGCGGAGCCACAUCCUCUAAACACGUGUGGGUCUCUGUUUGCGGUUAUCACGUCUGGCAACGUACGGUGCAAAAGAAGUUCCAACUCCGCAUAUGCAGAAAGCCAGCAAGCCUCGGACAGUCGUAGGAAAGCCAGCCCCCCGGAGAUGCUGUCGCAGGCGGAGCGUGUGUACGAGGCGGGAGAGGGAGAGGCGGUGUUCAUGGAGUGCUCCGUGUCGGCCUGGCCACCCGCCCACAUCCUGUGGUUCAGGAACUACCGGAGCCUCUCCGUGACGGGCGAGCGCUACCACGUGUUCGAGAACGGCACCCUGCGCAUCUUGGACUUGCGUCGCGAGGACGCGGACACCUACACCUGCUUCGCCACCAACAACCUGGGCUCCAGCCAGCUGUGCGCGCACCUCCACGUCCCGGUGGCGUCGGACGGUGAGGAUCGGGGCCAGGACGGCUCCGGCUACGAGGAGGAGGAGGAUGAGGAGGAGGACGAUGAGCAGGAGACCACCGCCCCCGACGCCAGUAGCAGCCGUGACGGUGGUGCUGACGAGGAUGACGACGAGGAUGACGACGACGAGGACGACGACGAGGAGGACGACGAGGAGGACGAGGUGUCAGCUACCUCGCCAGCAGCAGCGGCGGCGUCGUCGACGGCGCCAGCGGGGCGGGCGACCGCCACCAGCAGCGGGGCGUCUCGCCGCCUCGCCGCCGCCGCCACUUGGGCCACGGCGCUGCUGCUCGCGCUGGCGCCGCGGGUGGCGCGCGCCGCCUGGCGCCACGUCUAGGAGGAAGCUUCCCGCUCGACGUGGCGCCAGGAGGAAGCUUCGUCACUCUCGCGGAUCUCGACGGUCGCGGCGCCCCGUUGGGUGCGAUGUCGCGUCUCGCUCCGCGCGUUCACACCGUCGAGUUUCGCUCUAGACAGGCGCCGGGCGAGACGUGGCGGACUCCCUCGCCCGGGACGCGGGAGUCCGUGGGCUCGAGCGCGACGUCUGCGUAGGUGGAGUCAGCGAGCUGUCCCUGCGCUCGUGCGGAAUGUUGGUGUCCGGCUCCUCCGCUCUUCCGCUCCGCACUGAGGAACGGUGGUGAUGGUGGCGGUGGUGAUGGUGGCGGUGAUGGUGGUGGCGGUGGUGAUGGUGGUGGUGAUGGUGGCAGUGAUGGUGGUGGUGAUGAUGGUGAUGGUGGUGGUGGUGGUGAUGGUGGUGGUGAUGGUGGCAGUGAUGGUGAUGGUGGUGGUGGUGAUGAUGGUGGUGGCGGUGGUGAUGGUGGUGGUGAUGGUGGCGGUGGUGAUGGUGGUGGUGAUGGUGGCGGUGGUGAUGGUGGCGGUGAUGGUGGUGGUGGUGAUGGUGGCGGUGGUGAUGGUGGUGGUGAUGGUGGUGGUGGUGAUGGUGGCGGUGAUGGUGGUGGCGGUGAUGGUGGUGGUGGUGAUGGUGGCGGUGAUGGUGGUGGCGGUGAUGGUGGUGGUGAUGGUGGCGGUGGUGAUGGUGGCGGUGAUGGUGGUGGUGGUGAUGGUGGCGGUGGUGAUGGUGGUGGUGAUGAUGGUGGCGG